AUGGACGAUCUCCCAGAGGCGCUGCUUGCAGACAUUGUCAAGUGGCUUACCAGUCCAAGUGAUUUGAAAUCUCUUUCUCUCGUGUCAAAGCGACUUUAUGCUGUUGAGGGAGAGCUGAGGAAUUCGAUGUACAUUGGCUGUGGCGUUUUCCCUGUGACAGUAGCCUUGAUUCGUCUGUGCUUCCAGUACCCCAGUUUGUGCAAAGUGGAAUUCAAUUACUCUGGUUGGACUUCCAACCAUGGGAUUCAGCUGGACAAACAUGGCCUCCAGGUGUUUUCAUCUUGCUGCACCUCAUUGACUGAUCUCACCUUAAACUUCUGCACGAAUGUUGAUGACUCAGGUCUUCGCCUUUUAGUGUGCUUCAAGAAGCUGAUGUCUCUGAGGUUGAACACACUACCAGCAAUAACUUCGUCUGGGCUUCUCCCAGUGGUUGUUGGCUGCAAGGAUCUAUCUGCUCUCCACCUUAUUGGCUGCAGCAAAGACAAUGACAUGGUUACGCUCUCCAACAACUGCAGCAACCUUACAAGCAUCUCACUUCGGUUGACACCUCAGCACAAUGAAGGUUAUGUUUUCAGGACAUCAUUGACUGAUGACAGCCUUAAGGCUCUAGCCCUGAGGUGCCGUAAGCUUCAGUCUUUUGAACUCAUAUUUUGGGCAUGUGAUGAAAGCUGGCCAGAAAUAGGGUUCACAGAGGAGGGCCUUGUCAUGCUUAUUCAGUCUUGUCCGAUUCGUAAUCUCAUGCUAAGCGGUGCUCACAUCUUUGAUGACGAGGGGAUGAAGGCCGUCUCAUCUGCACAAUUCCUAGAAUCACUCGAACUUACGCAUUGUAUAAAAGUUACUAAUGCUGGGAUGCGCCUCCUGGCACAUUGCCCAAGUUUGAUUAACCUCACACUGUGUCAGUGUGAUCGUUUCUCUGAUGCUGGAGUGACUGAGGUAGCACGUGCACUGAAGCUGGAGACCCUGGUUAUUGAAGGCUGUUCUCGGGUCUCUCCAGAAGCUGUGCAGGGGGCUGCAACAUCAGUUCUCUACAAAGAAGAUUACCCAGGCUUGUACAAUCUUGGCAGAGUGUGA